ACAAAUGAUGCCAAGAAAUUGCUCCAUGACAUUGAUUUCUCAUCCACAUGGAAACCACUCUGCAAACCUCAAAAUUUCAGCUACCACAGGGACUCCCAUAUAUUACUAUUUAGCGGCCACCAGCUAAUGAAUUAAGCAAAGACCCCAAUGAGUUACUUAGGACAGGUGCAUCCCUGCAUUGCAGACUCAGGUGGGGUCUCCCCUACAGGAAUUUCUUGUCUCUAUACCAGGAAGUGGACUUUCGCUACAUGAGUCCAGAGGACCAGCAGCCGUUCAUGGAAAUCUACACCAAGGACAUGAGGGAGGGACUCAAACUCAUCGUACUGAUGAAACGCUACGGGGAAGUUGUCUGGAAGGUCUUGGUGAGACCAGGUGGGGACCAUCGUUUUGGUCUGUGUUUAUACAACGUGAAGCACAAUGGGGUCCUGAACCCUGACUCGGCCUUUAGGUGCUAUGGUGACACAAAUGAUAAAUAACAGAAUAUUCUUUCAGUGGGUGAGGUAUUCCAGCUGUAAGGCCCCUUGGUACUCCAAUCACUGGGGCCCUCUGCACCAUCAUAUGUAGCCAUUCCGACCUGAAAGUGCUCGCUGUGCUGUAAAGUGUCUAAUAUAAAUGGGAAAUGAUUUUGAUGAACAGGCUGACUGACCUUAUCUUUGUUUCUCUCCUAGAGGACAUGAUGCUUUCGGGUUCCUCCUCUGAAAAGUUCAAGGGGCUUCGGAAACUGCUCCCUGAACUGAAACAAGGGUUUAUUGGACUAUGCGGCCAGAGAGAGCUCAGACUGUCGCCUGCAGCUGCCUGGAGCUCACCGGCAAGGCGUGUGGAUGAGGAAGCAGAAGGAGAGCCAGGCAGCAGCGCUACGCUCAGGACAGUGGCUAACGAGCACUGUGACUGGUCAGCAAAGGUGUCGAGUGGGGGCUCCUGGGAGGCUGAGAAGCGAGUUAAUGACAAUCCUCCAGAGCGAUGCAGAGGCCGUGGUCAGCGCAGCCGACGCCCACCUCCUCCUCACGCAGGGAGAGUACCUCGCCCUGAACCGGCUGGAGGAUCCAGAGAUCAGGGUCGCCACAUUGAUUGAUAUGGUGCUGGCCAAAGGGGACCAGGCCCAUCAGCUGUUCCUGGAUUGUCUGAGUAACCUGUGCUUCACCUUCCCUGCCCUGGAGCCUAUCAUCAUGGGGUUACAAACCGGCUUCCAAGCAGAUGUGGCUAUCCCCAGGCCCGGAGCACAGACAGGAGGCCCAGUCAGUGCUGAAGGGGGACAUUUUGUGGACCGGCACCGAGCAGAGCUGAUUCAACGGGUCUCUAUGGUGGAUGGGGUCCUGGACAUGCUGUGUGGCACCGUGCUGGAUAACGAGCAGUACCAGAGCAUCCGAGCCGAGAGAAGCAACCUGGAGAAGAUGCGGAAGCUGUAUGAGCUCAUGCCGAGCUGGAACCGGGGCUGCAAGGACCGGCUCUACCAGGUGCUGAAGGCCAAGCACAAGUUCCUCAUUGAAGAGCUCGAGGGGAAAUGAACGCAAUAAGCCGUCCCUCCUCCUGGAGCGGCUGUGCCUAGAGUCCAUUCCAUGGCACUCGGGAGUCCAGCUCUGGUUCUUCUCCCUCUUCACCCAGGAUCCAUUGUGGUGAGCCUCCGGAAUCCAGUUCUGGUCCUUCAACCUGUCAAUCAGUGCUUGUCUGGUCUUUAUCCACCCCACUAUGCACAUCCCUUACCGUCGUCAUAGCUGGGUCUCCGACAGGGGGGCUCCAUCCGUGCCCCUCCCCCCGGCCUCGCCUCAGGCUGAACUUGGGUGGAGAUUCCAUCAAAGGCCCCAGUUCCCUGCUCACCUUCCUCAGCAAUGUCACCAGCAGCACCAUCUCCAUUCUCUGCUGUGUAAGGGCACCUGCCUCAAGCCGGAACACGGCGCGUGCUCUGGGAGUUCCCUGGGCCUUCCACCUCCUCCCCGCCUCCGACGCCCUAGGGACAUUCAGUGGGGCAGGGUUUAUCGGUCACGGAAGCCGAUUAAACAGAACUCGACGUAGUUCACUUGGAAAGUGAGGAACCAGCAGUAUGUCUGCACUGCGGCUGGGAGCAUGCCUCCCAGCCCACGUCAGCGGUUUAGGCUCCUGAAUCAGGCAGCACAACGCUGAGCCUAGUGUUGUCCGUUGGCUGCAUGCAUGUGUUCUCCCUGUGUGCUUUUUUGGCUCUGGCCAGAUCGCCGGCACAGCAGAUCUCAGUCCCAGAAAGACCUCAGACUCGGUUCAGUGGCGAAGGCGUGUGGCCAGGUUUAUUGCCAAUAAGGCAUGGAACUAGCACCUGGCAGACUCUACAGGGCCACUAAUACAUGGAUGUCCGUGACAACAGACUCAGCUCAGGCAGUGGUAGGACUUUCCACUGUCCCCUCAGCUGGACAAAGACACUCCUUCUGUGACCCCUCUUUUAUACAGAUACAAACAAGUUACCUAGUAACUUUCUGACGUGGUUAAUGACCACCUUACACCUUGUACCUGUUGGUUCAAUCAAAACAUCCCCAUCCGUUAUCCUGCCAUCCUGACCUUCUCUUCAGGAGGGUCAGUGUGUCCCUGUACCAUUUUCAGGGAGUGUGUUUAUACCACAACUUUGUAUCGGGUACUACCCUUCUGGACUGUGUUUACAUGAAUGAGGUAACUCCCUUCUCUUCAUGUGUCAGUAUAUAAUGCCUGCAUCUGUAAUUUUCACUCCAUGCAUCUAAAGAAGAGAGUGAGCCUGAAACACAUGGCCUGGUUCAAGACAUAAGGCCUGAACCAAAAUCAGCAAGAGUGAGGUUAUGACCAAGAGUCAGGCCCUGCUCUAAAGCAAAUGCCACCUUACACGUUCACGGUCGGGUACAUGAACUUGCUAAGAAUAUGGCUGGUGUUGCUAAAACACAGACACUCCUAAGAAGUAUUAGACACUAGGUAUUCAUGAAAACAACAUGGAGUCCAGUGGCACCUUAAAGACUAACAGAUUUAUUUGGGCAUAAGCUUUCAUAGGUAAGAAACCCACUUCUUCAGAUGCAUGGAGUGAAAAUUGCAGAUACAGGCAUAA